UACGGUCGAAUAACCCGGGCCGAUGCCGAGAAGCUGUUAGCCAACAAACACGAAGGUGCCUUUGUGGUGCGGGUCAGUGAGUCCAGUCCCGGCGACUUCUCCCUCUCCGUCAAAUGCGGCGACGGCGUCCAGCAUUUCAAAGUGCUCCGAGACGCCCAAGGCAAAUUCUUCCUCUGGGUGGUCAAGUUCAAUUCCCUCAACGAGUUGGUCGAGUACCAUCACUCGUCGUCCGUGUCGCGAUCACAAGAUAUCAAACUGAAGGAAAUGGUGGCGGACGAGUUCCUGGUCCAAGCCCUCUACGACUUCUCGCCCCAGGAACAAGGCGAGCUGGAGUUCCGACGAGGCGACAUCAUCACGGUCACGGAUCGGAGCGAUCAGCAUUGGUGGACGGGCGAGCACGGUGCUCGGCGAGGCCUCUUUCCCGCCACUUAUGUCACGCCCUACCACAAUUAGGGGCCCUCCCUUUGGCCACUCGCCACAGACACAAUCAGAAUCAGAGUGGCUGCGGCAUAGAAUGACAGCCAGCAACCGGCCGGUGGAGGACCUGCUUCAGAUCGAAAAUAAGAAAAGCCAACAUAACGCUCCUUGUAGCCUUCCAAUCUUACGGAUCAUGUUUUCACUAGUUUUUUAUAUAUAUUAAAAAAAAGAUGAAAAGAGAAGAAGAGCCUAGUACGAAUUUUUUCUCCCUCGAUGCCAAGGUUUUCGGAUUAUGAUGAUGAUGACAACCUGGACGGGAGGAACAGAAACCUCCGAUUAGCAUCAUCUUUACUACUACUACUACUACAACUCUUGAUGCAGCUCUUACUACAACUACUACUACUACUACUACCAUCCCACUCUCUUCUUCCAUCAUUUUACCAUAUGACUACCCGCCCCCCCCCCUCUCAGAUUUUCCUCUUCGUCCUCCCCCAACAUGAGCCCAAGCACUUGUGAUAAAACCAGACACUCGCUCCCACAUCUAAAUGGGUUCAAAGUGAGUCUCUUUCUAUGUGUCUCAACGGAAAACCCUUCAGUUUGGUCGUGCUCCAUCGCCAAUGGCUCUCGGAAAGUUUUUUUGGUGCCAACCAGGACCUGGAAAAAGAUGGCCUUACUUCUGUGUCACGACCG